CGUGUCGGGAUGAUAGGUAUAUCUGGGUAGGCGCCACCAUCAGCCAGCCACCCGCACAGUAUCCGAAUAAUACGAUAAUGAAUAUGUAAUUCGAUACAUAAUUGGGCUACGGUAAAGGAAUAAACGUGCACUGCAUUAUGAGGCUGAGACCCUCCGAUAGGCGAAAGACUAUCUAGAACCAUGGAAGUUUAAUUAGGUAAUAAUCUAGAUAUAUGGCCAAUUUGUGGCCCGUGAGUUUUGACGCUAGAUGCGACCCCUUAAGAAAUACUCGGGACCCAUUGAACUUUCACGUUCCCCGCCAAGGGUCCACCCUCUCUGCUAUCGAUAUCAAAGGGUCGCAACGAUUUCCCAAGUCACCCAAAAUCUUGAGAGCGUCCCGCAUUGCCCCCCUCUCCCUUCCUCAAGAAAUCGGAUCAUUGCCGUCGGUGAACAAAGUAUUAGGUAGUAUCUAUAGUUCUUAGUCACGAUGUCUACUACGACGGCGACAGUCACACAGAAUGGCCCGUCGGCCGAGACUAUUCUUCGUCUAUUCCCAGACAUAGACACCAGCUCGGCGGAGCUAGAAGGUCACGAUGCCGAACAGAUUCGACUGAUGGACGAGAUGUGCAUCGUUCUCGACAACGACGACAACCCAAUUGGAAAUGCCAGCAAGAAGCUAUGCCAUCUGAUGACCAAUAUCGACAAAGGGCUGUUGCACCGAGCCUUCUCUUGCUUCCUAUUCGACGACCAAAACCGACUGCUCCUCCAGCAGCGAGCUUCCGAGAAGAUCACGUUCCCUGACAUGUGGACGAACACAUGCUGCUCGCACCCCUUAGGUAUUCCCGGCGAGACCGGCUCAAACUUGCCGGACUCUGUCGAUGGUGCGAAGCGUGCCGCACAGCGAAAACUAGACCAUGAGCUGGGCAUCAAGAAGGAACAAGUUCCCUUCGAGGACUUCCACUUCCUAACCCGAAUCCACUACAAGGCCCCUAGCGAUGGUAAAUGGGGCGAACACGAGAUCGACUACAUCCUCUUCAUCAAGGCCAAUGUCGACCUGAACCUCAACCCCAAUGAAGUGAAGGAUGCGAAAUACGUUACCCCCGAUGAGCUAAAGGCUCUGUUCAAGGACCCGAAACUAACGUUUACGCCUUGGUUUAAGCUCAUAUGCGAGUCGAUGCUUUUCGAAUGGUGGGAGCAUCUUGACUCUGGUCUCGAGAAGUUUACCAACGAGCAAGAGAUCAGACGCAUGUGAAUCCGGAGUUCGAGGAAUUUACUACGUGUGUUCUAGGAGGAGGAAGAGUCAUUUUUUGCUUCUUUCCUUUCAUUUUUUCUGAUUUCUCAGCAAGAUCAUCCGGCCAAGGACGGAUAGACAUACAUAAGCCUUAGGCGUAGUACAUGUCUUACACCAAUCGCGGACUGCAUAUUUCAAUAGAUAUCCCCUAAGCAGUACUUUUUUGAGAGCGGGGGUUUACAUUUGCUUCGUCGUUUCACACAUGCAAAACCCCGUUAAAAUGCCAUUGCACCCACCAAUCAAUUGACCAAUUAACACAAACGUUCCUACCCUGGUUCGGAGGUUGGGGGGGAUAAAAGUAUGCCGCUCUAACCUUCUAAACUUCUAGACUUUAGAAACAAGACAUGGAUUUUCUAUCAAUAACCACACCCGUUACCAAGAAUAAAUCACUGGAAUUCAAGGAUACGAAUGAACUACUUAGGAUGACUUAGAAAAGAUGGAAUCAUGACUCCCUCCGGAAAUAAAAACCGCAAUUAUACACUGCAACCCCACCUCAUCCUGCGCCUGCGGUGAAACAUAGCCCAACCGGAUGGCUGUCAGAUCUCAACAUUGAGCUGGCCGCACCAAGCGCCGACUAUGUAUGUCCUAUGUAAGUCUGGGCAUACGCAGUAGAUAGAGGUUCCGGGGCUCCGAACUUGUACUCCC